AGGCCCAGCAAAGCCAGAACACGGGACGCGAGUAUCGCAAUUAACCAAUGCGAGUACAGCAUCCAAUUCUCCUUCCCACACCAGAAACUCGCAAAAUCAGAAACCUCUCUACUCGCUUCAAAUUUUGAAGAAGUUGAAGAUCACUUCAUUUGUGGAUUUUAUUCUCUCUUUUAAGUCGGUACUUAGCAGCCAGUAAUGAUACUUGGUGUUUGUGUUGAAGCUUCAAUUUUGAACUGGUGCAUAUGCUGUAAGUUCAGUUUAAAAUAUUUCCCCCAUGGGGAUAGAUCUGGAGCAACCUUCAGGAGAAUAUCAUAAGGAAGAUAGAAGGCCCAAUGUGAAUGUUAAUACGGUGGAUGGUGGUGAUGGAGGACAUGAAAGAGAUCAAAUCAUUGUGAAUUCUCCUGACAUUGGUGGGAAUGGUUGUGAGAAGACUGGAACAGUUAUAAAUGGAAGAGUUCUUGAUGGUAGAAAAAAACCAAAUGCUGGAGAUGGAAUAAACUUGAACUCUGUGAAAGAUGCAGAGCCCCAUGAUGGAAUGGAAUUUGAAUCGAAGGAUGAAGCAUUUUCAUUCUACAAAGAGUAUGCUAAGUCUGUGGGAUUUUCCACCAUAACAAAAGCGAGCCGACGAUCAAGGAUAUCUGGAAAAUUUAUUGACGCAAAGUUUGUGUGCACUAGAUAUGGGACCAAGCGGGACACCAGUACAAUUGAAUUGCCACAGCCUGUUUCAAAUGCAGAUGCUGCAACAAGCCUUCCUGUCAAGAGAAAACGUGGUAGAAUAAAUCAGUCUUGGUCAAAAACAGAUUGCAAAGCUUGCAUGCAUGUUAAGAGAAGGCAGCAAGAUGGAAGAUGGGUUGUCCGCAGUUUCAUAAAGGAGCACAACCAUGAAAUCUUUCCCGACCAGGCAUAUUACUUUCGCGGUCAUAGGAAUUUAAAUCUGGGUAACGACAAUGUUGAUGCGUUGCAUGCUAUCAGGGCGAGGACAAAAAAAUUGUAUGUUGCAAUGUCUAGACAAUCAAGUGGGCAUAGGAAACAUGAGAACCUGAAGGGUGGUGUUACAAAUCCAUCUGGCAACACAAAGCAUUUGGCUUUGGAUGAAGGAGAUGCUCAAGCUAUGCUUGAUCAUUUUAUGCAUAUGCAAGAUGAGAAUCCCAACUUCUUUUAUGCAAUCGAUCUGAAUGAAGAACAGCAGUUGAGAAAUGUUUUCUGGGUUGAUGCCAAAGGUAGGCUUGAUUAUGGAAAUUUCGGUGAUGUCAUUUUCUUUGAUACCACAUAUCUCAAGAACGAGUACAAAUUGCCAUUUGCUCCGUUUAUUGGUGUUAACCACCACUUCCAGUUUCUGUUGCUUGGAUGUGCAUUAGUUGCUGAUGAAACUAAAACAACAUAUGUUUGGUUGAUGCGAGCAUGGCUUCGGGCAAUGGGUGGUCAUGCUCCAAGAGUGAUACUCACCGACCAAGACAAUGCCCUGAAAGAAGCUAUUCAAGAGGUCUUUCCUAAUUCACGCCAUUGUUUUUGCUUGUGGCAUGUAUUCAGCAAGAUUCCUGAGAAGCUGAGUUAUGUGACAAGGCAGCAUGAAAAUUUCAUGUUGAAAUUUAAGAAAUGCAUCUUUAAGUCUUGGACCAGUGAACAGUUCGAAAAAAGAUGGUGGAAAAUGGUCGAGAUAUUCAAUUUAAGAAAUGACGUAUGGUUUCAAUCGUUGUAUGAAGAUCGUCAAAGAUGGAUACCGGUUUUCAUGAUAGACAACUUUUUGGCAGGGAUGUCUACGACCCAGCGGUCAGAAAGUAUAAACACUUUAUUUGACAGAUACAUGCAAAGGAAAACCACCCUGAAAGAGUUUCUUGAACUGCAAAAAGCAAUGCUACAAGAGAAGUUCGAAGAGGAAGCAAAAGCAGAUUUUGAAACUUGGCACAAGCAACCAGGGUUGAAAUCUCCAUCACCCUUUGGGAAACAAAUGGCCUCAAUAUACACACAUGCAAUAUUUAAAAAGUUCCAGGUUGAGGUUUUAGGAGUCGUUGCUUGUCAUCCUAGAAAAGAGACUGAAGAUGGAGAAACCCAAACUUUCAAAGUUCAAGAUUUCGAAGAUAACCAAUAUUUCAUUGUGGUGUGGAAUGAGAUGACAUCAUAUCUAUCUUGUUCAUGCCGUUUGUUUGAGUUUAAUGGUUUUCUUUGUAGACACGUGUUGAUUGUUAUGCAAAUGUCAGGUCUGCACAGCAUUCCAUCUCAGUAUAUAUUGAAACGUUGGACAAAGGAUGCAAAGAGCAGACAAAUUAUGAGAGAAGAGUCAGAUGUGGUCGAGUCCAGGGUUCAACGCUACAACGAUCUUUGUCGACGGGCCUUUAAACUGGGUGAUGAAGGUUCUUUAUCUCAAGAGAGUUACAAUAUUGCAUUCAAUGCACUGGAAGAAGCUUUGAGAAAGUGCGAGAGUGUUAAUAAUUCAAUUCAAAACAUAAUAGAACCAACUUCGCCCCCUUCAAACGGUCCUCUUGACUAUGAUGAAGUGAAUCAAGCUCAUGGUGCAACCAAGACAAAUAAGAAGAAAGAUACAUCCAGAAAGAAGCAGGUACAUCCAGACCCAGAGGUCAUACCCAUUCGGAUGCAUGAUAGCUGGCAACAAAUGGAACAACUAAACUCAAGGGUUCCAACUCUCGAUGGGUAUUUUGGCUCUCAACAAACUGGGCAGGGAAUGGGACAACUAAAUGCCAUAGCUUCUAGUCGUGAUGAUUGUUAUAGUAAUCCACAUAGCAUGCAAGGGCUGGGACAAUUGAAUGCUACUGCACCAAAUGAUGAUGCUCAUUACAUGAUGCAACAAAGGAUGCAAGGGAUGGGGCAGAUACAAUUCAGACCGCAGACUAUUCCCAGUUUUUUCGAUGUGCAGGAUGGUCUACAAGAAAUGGACUCAUCAAAUCUGGGAUCCUCUCAGUUGCAUGGCUUGGCAACUAAACAUUUGCAUCAGAAACAUCUAUCUCGUUAGAUGCUGCACUGCUAUGUAGUUCUCUAACUCGGUGGGCUAACAUUCUCUGGUGGACAUGAGAUGUAUUUGCACAAGAUCAACAAAUAGAAUUCAAGAAGUAGAGUUUUCUCUCACAGCGCACCUGACAUUGUUGGUUCUUAGGGAAAAGAUCCAAUGUAUGUAGUUAUUCUAUCCAUUUGCAUAGAGGAAGAAUCUUAAAGGAAGGGAAAUGGUUCGAUUUAUUUUCAUCUUUAUUUUCUGGUUUAGCAAGAGCUAUUUUGUAAAUCCUCCUUUUACUGUUACGGUGCAAUUUAAUUGCUGAAAGUUGUUCAAACUUGAAAGAGGUUCUCCCAUCUCUAAGUCAAGAGGGAGCCAUUUCUUCACAGAUGGCAUCCACAUAAAACCUAUGAAAAUGAAUGUCUUUCUCUUC